GGACUUAGUGGGCAAGUUGCCACACGAGGCCCUCAGAUAACGCAAUCACAAUCAACUCCAUUUACCGGAGUCAAAACUUCUGGAAAAUGGACGUUUAAUCGGCAGUCAGAUGCUAAUCAAAUUGGGAUAAUAAACACAUCAUCGUCGGCAGGAGCUUCUGCUAUUCAUACUAGAGGGGGAAAAUGUCACUUGGCUGAUUCCAGUUCACUUGGCUCGUCAGAACAGCAAUUAUCUGUAUCAACUCUAUCCGAAAAUCUGCCGUCGGUACUUGAUGAAACAGUGAACAAUCUGGUGAUAAAAACACCAACUCUUCUUAGCAAAUCAGGGGAAAAAAAUACCGAGACCAGCAAUCAGAUCAUGCCAGAGACCCUUGAAGAAGUAGACUAUAUGAGCACUAGCAGCCAAACAAGUAGCAGUUGCAGCCUGGUUCUUGAUGAUUCGAGGAUGACAAGCUUAAAUUAUUCUUUCUUGGAGGGCUGGCGCCAACGAAAAAAGCACUUCAGACAGACACGGCAGGGUGAUAAGGUAAUCCAAGUGGCGCAGCCUAGGCUGGAAUCGAGUGUGGAAUUGGGGGAAACAGUCGUGGCUCCGAAGAAUUCUCCUUGUGCCACAUCCAGAAUUUCAAAAGAAACAUCUUCAUUUCUAGCAUCUACCACUACGUGUUCUUUUCAAGAGAAUGCCAAUCUUGCCGAAUCCGUGAAUCAUGGCUCAACUGAAGAACCCCGAACUCCUAUCCAGCCUCGUGAGUUCCUCGUUCAUAAGCUAAUUCUGGCCGCAGCAUCGCCCGUUUUUGAGGCCAUGUUUUACGGUCCACUAGCUGCUGCUUCCUCUUCUUCCUAUACCACAUACAAGUCUUCAAUAAGCACUCUGCAGUCAAAUGGAAGACAAAAUUUAUCAGUUCAGGGCCAAACACUCAGUUCGCAGGAAAAUGAGCUUCUUUUACUCGAAGUUCCUGACGUCCAUCCUAUGGUGAGUAGUUUGAAUAAUUAA